CCCCUGCCCCCAGCGGUUGCCAGGCAACGCGAGGCCUAAAGCGAGCGGGCCCUCUCUGUGAGAAGCUCAGGGCAAUGCCGGCGGACGGCGACGGCACUGGGGCUGGCAGGGGCGACACGGCGUCCCUGCUGAGCGGCUGUGCAGCCGGCGGCACCGCCGGUGAUGGGGCAGACUCCACCGACUCGCUGCUCUCCGCCAUCUACCACAGCAGCUACGCAAGCCAGGACGAAGACGUGGAGGAGGACGGGCGAAAGCCUCGUUCGACACGGUGUGGCCGGGAGCCAAGCUCCCGUCGGGUGCAGGUGGUGGCGACGGCCCACAGCCGGGAUCGGAACUUUCCCAAGCGCAAAUCCUCCCCCCCGCGGGGACCUCGUGGAGAGGGUGGCGGCCCCCCGCCUGCUGGACUGUCGGCCUGGGAGGAUUGGCUCGUGAGGAAGACUCUGGAGGAGCGGCGACAGCUGGAGCGGCGUGCACGAAGCGAGCGGCACCGCGAAGAGAAGCAACGAACUGAAGAGGAGAUCAAAUCGGAGAAGAGCAGGAAGACAGCGGAGCGCGUGCACGAGUGGAUGAGGAAUAAAUUGGAGCAGUUGCAGCUCGAGGAAGAGCAGACGGAGCGCAAGGAGCGCACGAAGAUGGAGGAGAGAGAGCAGGAGAGGCAGAGGAUCUUGGAGAAGGCGCACGAGAGUUACCAGCAGUGGCUGCAGCACAAGGCCGCGGCCGAGAAGGAGAAGAAGCAGAGGCAGCAGGAGGAGACAGAGCGGCUGGCGGCAGAAAAACGCGAGAGGAGGGAGAGGGCGGAGAGGGAGUUUCAGGAGUGGCUGGAAAAAGCGAAGACGAGACCUCGGCCCAAACGCGAGUGGCCGCUGGGCAAAGGAAACGGCACCUACAGCAACGGGGGCUACCCGGCGCCCAGCUUCUACAACCCCGUCCCCUGGAAGCCGAUCCCCACACCUCCCCAAGAUGCCGCCUGCCCCAAGUCGGCCAAAGGGAAGAAGGCGCGGUGCGCCAGCGCGCCCGCCGCUAGGCGCGGUGCGCCCACUGCUGCGGGCAGACCCGGCGCCGCCAGACUGAGGUCCUAGAACGCCGAUUCCCACCCAUCGACCGACAGCCCGAUCCUGUAGCGUGAAACUGAAAACUAUUUAUUUUACCAGGGAAAGCCCCAUUGAGCUAUAUAGCUCUUUUUCAGACGGGACGGGGCCACGAAUGAAAGCUAAAAGUGGCUCAUCACAUGUAAAUGUUUGGCAUCCAAAUACUCUAAAAGACGUUGAUUUUAAAUUAGGGGAAGACCGGAAGCCCUGGAAAAAAAAUCUAUGCAACCACGGGGAGAGCCAUGCAAACUCCAAACAUACAGGCGUCAGGAUCGAACCCACGACUGCCUGUAUACCAGGCGAGGUGGUUAACAUCUCCACAUUGUGGUGAGUCAGGGGGCAUGGCCCCAUUCUGGGAGUUGGAGGUGUCCUCCUGCUGCUCCAGAGCUGCAUGUGGCUCUUCCAGGGACUGCUUCGUGAUGCUAUUUGAGCACAGUCUCGUAUUCACCACAGUGCAAUUGCACAUUUUUUUUUUUUACCAAAUUCGAAGAAGUCCCUUAUUUUGGUUGCGGACCCCUAUGGCUAUAGCUUAGAUUACAGAUGGAAUUUCCUCAUGCUCUCAUUUAUCCGUUGCCAUACUACGUGCAGUACUGAAAAAACCCUACUUUAUCAUGUUUAACCAAUGGAUGUGUACGACUUGUGGGUGCACUAGUGGGUUUUUUUUACGCACACCACAAAGUUCAAAAUAGGUUCGAAUAUCAAAUCGUGGCAAUUCAUUGAAUUUCCGUGGGGGGGGGGGGGCACGGGACUGUUGAUUAGCGCAUAACAUUGAUUAGCACGGUUGGCUACGCCCUGUGCAAAAGAUGUUCAACAUACAUACAUGCAAACACCGAUGGGCCUACACGUCCAGCAUGCAACUUUAUUGGACAUGGCCACGGGUACACGAGGCCGACCACUUUGACACAAGACUGCAAAUUAUAUCCAUCUGUCAGUGACAGAGGGUGACCCCUGCCUGUACUUGUUAGUGUGUUGUUUGCCCGCCAAAGGUAUCUCAAAAAGUCCUGUUCAGCCAUUCGCUCAUAAAAUGUUCCCGCAUUCCCGAUGUAACAGAUACCGAGGGAUUUGAAUGAAGCUUUACAGUGGAAAUGCCUGACAUGGCACUUCUAUUUUAACUUAAGGAAUUGUAUUUUUCUCUCUCGUGCAGAAUGCUUAAAAGUUACUUUUGGCCAAUUCAAAAAUUCUCUAAGAGGUUUUUUUUUUUUUACCAGUGGUAGCUUGAUGAUGUGACUAAUAUAAUGAGACUUCAACAAAUGAUCACCAACUUAUUCUGGUGCGGGUUGCUCCAUGUGACCGCCCCCUUGUGUUUUCGGGGUUCGCACCGUGUGUCCUUGGAUACGAUGUCCAACGUUUCGGCAUCGCGGAGGACAAGGCGUCGGGAGCUUUUUUAGUUUUUAUUCCCGGUUCUUAUACAACCGUGGACACACUUAGAUCAACAACAACAACAAAAACUCAAACUGGGACCCUUGAAAUUAAUAAAUUUGGUUUUUAUUAUCAACUG